CCUGCGGGCCGCCCGACCGCGUUCUGCUGUCGGCUUCGGAUCCGAUCGAUCGCCUGCCGUGUCCGUGUUCUUGUCGCGCACGCUUUCGCUGCCAAAAAUAACGCGAAACAGCGUCAGCGAAUACCGCCGGCGGCCAUGGCCGAGGACCAGGACGUAAACAAUGAUGAGUCGAACGACCUGAACACGAAAUUCGGCCUGAGGCUGAAAGGGAGGAAGGGCGCCUUGAAGAAAAAGAACGUCUACAACAUCAAAGAUCACAGAUUCAUCCCGAGAUUCUUCAAACAGCCCACGUUCUGCUCGCACUGCAAGGAUUUUAUCUGGGGUUUCGGGAAACAAGGAUACCAGUGUCAAGUUUGCAGUUUUGUAGUGCAUAAAAGGUGCCACGAAUAUGUCACAUUCAAAUGUCCAGGUGCUGAUAAAGGAGCUGAUUCUGAUGACACCAGAACAAAACACAAUUUUAAGAUCCACACAUAUUCAUCUCCUACAUUUUGUGACCAUUGCGGAUCUUUACUUUAUGGAGUCAUUCAUCAAGGAAUGAAGUGUACAGCAUGUGAUAUGAACGUUCACAAAAGAUGUGAAGAAAGCGUUCCGAAUUUAUGUGGCUGCGAUCAUACAGAGCGAAGAGGAAGGAUUCAGCUUAAGAUCACAUGUUCGGGGAAUAAAUUGACCAUUGUAGUUUGUCAAGCCAGAAAUUUGAUUCCGAUGGAUCCGAACGGUUCUAGUGAUCCGUAUGUCAAAUUGAAAUUAAUUCCAGGAGAUUCGGAUAAUGUCAAGAAGAAAACGAAGACAAUUCGUGCGUGCUUAAAUCCAGUUUGGAACGAGACACUCACAUUCGAUUUAAAAGCUGAGGAUAAGGAUCGCAGACUCCUGAUCGAAAUCUGGGAUUGGGACAGGACUUCGCGAAACGAUUUUAUGGGCUCCCUGUCGUUCGGCAUCUCGGAAAUAUUGAAGGCGCCAGCUGACGGAUGGUUUAAGUUGCUCACUCAAGAGGAAGGCGAGUUUUAUAAUGUUCCAGUUCCCGAAGAAGGAGCGGAUUUGGCUCAGAUUAAGACUCAAAUGAGGAAAACUUCAAUAACAAAAAAGCCUUCCAUCACUCAAGAUAAAGAUGUGCCACAUAAUAUGGGUAAAAAAGAUAUUAUUAGAGCUACAGAUUUCAAUUUUCUUAUGGUUUUAGGAAAAGGGUCGUUUGGAAAGGUUAUGCUCGCAGAAAGAAAAGGUACAGAUGAACUGUAUGCCAUUAAGAUUCUGAAGAAAGAUAUUAUAAUACAAGACGACGACGUUGAAUGCACUAUGGUUGAAAAACGAGUAUUGGCGUUGUCUAGUAAACCACCAUUUUUAGUACAACUGCAUUCCUGUUUUCAAACUAUGGAUCGGUUAUAUUUUGUUAUGGAAUAUGUCAAUGGUGGCGAUUUAAUGUUUCAAAUUCAGCAGUGUGGAAAGUUUAAAGAACCAGUAGCCGUAUUUUAUUCCGCAGAAAUUGCCAUAGGGCUUUUCUUCCUGCAUAGCAGAGGAAUAGUAUAUCGAGAUUUGAAAUUGGAUAAUGUUCUUUUGGAUCAAGAUGGUCACAUUAAAAUUGCAGAUUUUGGCAUGUGUAAAGAGGGAAUAAAUGGAGAUAAGACUACAAAAACAUUCUGUGGCACGCCUGAUUACAUUGCUCCAGAGAUUAUUUUGUAUCAACCUUAUGGUAAGUCAGUCGAUUGGUGGGCGUAUGGAGUACUACUGUACGAAAUGCUAGUCGGUCAGCCACCAUUUGAUGGAGAAGACGAAGAGGAACUAUUCGCUUCUAUCACAGAUCACAAUGUUAGUUACCCUAAAGGAUUAUCGAAGGAAGCAAAAGACGUGUGCAAAGGAUUUCUAACUAAAAACCCAAACAAAAGGUUGGGAUGUGGAAAUAGAGGAGAAGAAGAUGUAAGAGGUCAUCCAUUCUUUAGGAGAAUUGAUUGGGAGAGAAUUGAAAAUAGAGAAGUACAACCACCUUUCAAACCAAAAAUUAAACAUCGUAAAGAUGUGAGCAACUUCGACAAACAAUUUACGUCUGAAAAAACAGAUCUCACUCCAACUGAUAAGCUGUUCAUGAUGAAUCUCGAUCAAACAGAGUUUAUGGGUUUCUCUUUCUUAAAUCCAGAGUUUGUCCAGCAUGUCUAAACAAGACAUUUACCCUUAUUUUGAAGUUUUGGACAGUUGAUGCUAAUUGGAUUUAUCCUACUCUUGUCAUGAAGGUCUUUCAAACAAGAAACAAGAUGAUACUGUUCUAUUAGAAACAUAUCUAUUUUAUAUGAAUUACCUCUCAGCUGUUUCGAGUUAUAUUUCCGGCAUUUUACACCAUCUAUACAUUCCAUUGGCAAACUACAUUAUACAUUGUUCAUAAUCAUUCUUGAAACUUCACGAGUCGUACGCGAGAAAUGCAUUUUAUUUAUUCUAGUCAUGAAAUCUCACAAUGUUCAUAUUAAAAGAAACACAUAACUUAUAGUUUUUAUAUAUUUAUGGUAUGUUUUAAGCAAUCUAUCUAGUUUUUAAGUUAAAAUUAAAUAUUCUUACUUACGUAAUAUUUCAAAUAGAAGAAUGAAUGUUUUGUAUUAACUGACUUAUGUAAUUCUAAAAAUCUAGUACUGGUAACAUUUCAACUAAUCAAAAUUAAAAAAGAAACUAUUAACAGUACUUAACUAUCUUUAAUAUUUUACUAAAUCAAAAGUAUAUUGUGUGUGGUGAAAAUAUUUUUAACUUUUCUUUUUUUUUUAAGUUCGACACUCUGUCUCGUUGAGAUACACAAUAAAUUAAUAAACGUAUGUUUUAGAUGGUUAGAAUAUAUUUUAAUUUAGAAAUUUAUUUUGAAACCUUUUUCUCUUUAAAUUUUCAAAAGCUAAAAUCCACACACAUUAACAACUUUUUGCUUCUUUUAAUAACUUUAUUUUUUACAUCAUAAUAUGGGUGAGUUUUAAAAGAGUGCUAAUAUUUUUAGGGGUGGUAUAUUGUAAAACUUUUAGUUAAAAUAUAUAAUAUUUUGAUAAUAUGACAAUAUAGGUACUAGACUAAAUUUAGAGGAACGUUAAAAAAUAGGAGUGGUUCUUAAAUUUUCAAAGUAUAAUAAUUUGAAUAUUUAGAACUUAAUUAUGAAAAGCGGUAAAGAGAAAAUAUAUUUAUUUUGUCGAGAUUUACCAGGCCUGAAAAUAUUUGUACUUUAAACUCACCCCGUAUAUUGGAUUGAUUUCAAUGAGAAAAUGUGAAUCAUGGUCAUAUGAAUUAUGAAUGUUUAAACUCGUAGUUAAAUAUCACAAAGUGAUUUAAUUGCUUUGAAGAUAAAAAUAACGAUAUUAUAUUUUAUUCAUAUAGUGUCUAAUAAAUAAAUACAAAUAGUUAAAUACACCUUCUUACAACCAAUUUAUUUUUAAAUUCAUAUGUAUUUCAUAUUUACAAAAAGAUUCCUUCUUUAGGAAAUUUAUUAACUACCAAUAAUAUAAUUAAUUCAAACUGGUAUUUGUACUCGGACCAAAAAAUGCAUGAUCAAAUAUUAUAAAUUUGAAUUAGACACUAUGUUUUAUGAUAAACAUUACUUUAACGUUGUCUGUUAUAUGUAUAUUCUAUCUUGGUCUGUGAUAAU